ACACGUGUGCCGGGAGGGAAGCAGGAAGUGACCGCGGAGUGGAGCCGGGGAGCCAGCGGCUGCGGGGCUGAUGGAAGUGGAGUGGGGGCUUGAGAGGGCACCGAACUGUAUCCAGCAUGCUCCAAGGCCACAGCCCUGUGUCCCAGGCCUUGCUGGGGACCUUCUUCACCUGGGGGAUGACGGCGGCUGGGGCAGCUCUUGUGUUCGUAUUCUCUAGUGGACAGAGGCGGAUCUUAGAUGGAAGCCUUGGCUUUGCUGCAGGGGUCAUGCUGGCCGCUUCCUAUUGGUCGCUCCUGGCCCCAGCGGUGGAGAUGGCUACGUCCUCUGGUGGCUUUGGCGCCUUGGCCUUUUUCCCUGUGGCUGUCGGCUUCACCCUCGGAGCUGCGUUUGUCUACCUGGCUGACCUCCUCAUGCCUCACCGGGGUGCAGCAGAAGACCCCCAGAUGGCCCUGGCACUGAACCUCGACCCUGCGUUGAUGAAGAAGUCUGAUGCUGAGGGUCCCAGGCCGUUCUUCCCCGAGAGUGAACUUUCCAUCCGGAUAGGUAGAGCUGGGCUUCUUUCAGACAAGAGUGAGAAUGGCGAGGCAUAUCAGCGGAAGAAGGCAGUGACCACCGACCUUCCAGAGGGCCCAGCUGCCCCUGUGCUGUCUCAAGGGAACCCGGUGCUGCCCGGCGGCAGCAGCUGGAGGAGGAUCGUGCUACUCAUCUUGGCCAUCACCAUACACAACAUCCCAGAGGGUCUUGCUGUUGGAGUUGGAUUUGGGGCUGUAGAAAAGACGGCAUCUGCUACCUUUGAGAGCGCCAGGAAUUUAGCCAUUGGAAUUGGGAUCCAGAAUUUCCCGGAGGGCCUUGCUGUCAGCCUCCCACUGCGAGGGGCUGGAUUCUCCACCUGGAGAGCCUUCUGGUACGGGCAGCUCAGCGGCAUGGUGGAGCCUCUGGCCGGGGUCUUUGGUGCCUUUGCCGUGGUGCUGGCGGAGCCCAUCCUGCCCUAUGCUCUGGCCUUUGCUGCCGGCUCCAUGGUCUAUGUGAUCAUGGAUGACAUCAUCCCCGAAGCCCACAUCAGCUAUAGGCCAAGUGCUGGGGAUGGAGGAUUCCUCUCUUUGCUUUGUUUUGGUUUUUUCAGAAGAAUGAUUUUGAGGCUAGUGUUCAAGGUCAGAUUAUAUAAUAUCUUCAGGAAAUCAUUGCUGCUUUUUAUUAUUCAAGCAUGGAUUGCAGAGCCAUGAUGGGUGACCUUGAUGGUAACGGGAAACUGGCGUCCUGGGCCUCCAUCCUGGGUUUUGUGGUGAUGAUGUCGUUGGAUGUUGGUCUGGGCUAGUUGCUGAAGUGCCUCGGACCCCAGGAAAGGCAGCACGAGGAAACAGCCGGGAUUGGCUUCUUCAGGACCACAGCCUCUUUCUUCACAUCAAAACGUUUUUCCUUUCUCUCCUUUUUGUCUCAUUACCCUGAUUGACUCUGAUCAUGACAAUUUUUAGUUUUCUUUUAAGGGAGAUAGUGGUUUUAUUUGGAAUUUCCGGUAGUCACGGAACUACAGAUUUUUGCUUGGCCACUACUUGGACUCUUUCUUCGGUGGGAAAACCAAGGACCUGCAGAUCAGGGAAGUCUCUGCUUUUGCACCUUUGGUCUCCCUCACUGGACUCGAUGGCAACUCCUCAAGGUCACCUACAGAAGCAAGCUCCCAAGAGAGAGGUCUCCCAAGCAUCUUUGCCUAGUGACUCAGAGCAGAGUGGCCAGGACAGCUCUUGUCUGUCCUUCCUGAUCUUUUACCGUUGAUCCUCUGUCCAUCAAGCCUCGAACAGGAGCAUCGUGGACGAAGCAACCUACUUCCCAAGGCCCGAGGAGGAACAUACCUUCUUCUGCCUCCCCCGAGGGGGAGGCUGCAUGGGGUGAGACACAGACAAAGGGAAGAAAAGCAGCUAGUCUUUCUCUCUUUCUCUUUUUUUAAGGCAAAGAUUGACACUAUUGAAGUUAAGGGAAUUAGGACAACUGUGAACACACAGUGAGCCCUGUGAAAAGAGGACAGGGUGGAGCUUUGAUCAGAGACCUCUGCUCUCUCUGGAUUCCAAGAGCAAACCGGUUUGCCAUGGUUUCGAAGUCCCCUAGACAUUUGUUUUGAUAAGCUUAUAGGCUUCAUUUUUCUAAGAGACUUGGGGACACCAGCAGACUGCUAGAACUCAACCCCUUCAUUUACUUACGGAGGGAGCCACUUAAGCUCAUUUAAGUGAACGAAAGACAUUUGGAAUCUGCACUGGGUCCUUCUCUGUUGACUAUUCGGUAACUUAUAACGUGACCCAGAGCUCUUAAGCUGCUGUGCUGGAUUUUGGCCAGAGAGCUCAGGAUAAGAGAGGAAAAGGGGUAGGAAAAGAAGAGGUAUUUUUAACAUUUCCCUUUUAAAGUAAACUUGAGACAAAUCAUCAUUCUAAAAUGACCCUAAAGAAUGACUUGAACGAGACUACUCCCUUAUCCACACAGCUUCUCCAUCAGGGGUGACAUAACUUGUCUGCUUCCAACAUAGCUAAGGCCUGCCGUCCUCACUGGUCAUAGGAGCCUUUGGGACCUUGAGUGGGCUCUGCUGACAAGGCAGGCAGCCCAGGAGGCAGGUAUUCAGACAGUGUGUGAUCAAUGCCUGCCCUGCGUUUACAUGUCUCAUUGCUGCCAAGGGUGAAUACUCUGUUCUGGGAAUGCCCUAUAACCCUACGCUAGAUCUAUGUUCGUUCUUCCGGAGCACUGAUGAUCAAAAUUGAAGACACAUUCAGAGGUUUGAGUGGUGGAGAUUCGUUGGUUUGGUGGUUGGCAUAUGGGUAUUUUUAUGUCUUUGUAUGUCGUUCUAUAUAAUGCAGACUUCUUUCUGAUGGACAAGACCUCAUAACUGUGAUUAAUACCAAUAAAGGGGAUAUUGUUGUGGA